AUGAGAUAAAACACUGAUCUCAUCAUGGUAUUUUCUUUUGGGAAAAUGAAGAGAUUGUUCUUAAAUAAUUUUACCUAAAUGGAACGAUGGGGAUUAAUUACUGGUACAGAGUAUUUUUUAGCUAAACUUGUGCAUUAACAUGAACAUUUGAUGAUGAAUGAAAUAGAGGAUCAAAAAAAACAUUAGAAAUGUGGAGGUGAAGAAUUUAAAUAGCUUUCUAUUAGCAUUGAGUAAGAUUAAUGGCAAAAGACAUAAUUCUUUUGCAGAAAACUUUCAGUUGCAGAAGAUGUUGCAAAUAUGAUAAAUUCAUGCAAAUCUCGUUUUCCAAUUCCUAUUUGA